AUGGCUGUGGCUGCACCUUCUUCAUUGCGGUCCAGCGUUGCACUAUGUCUGAAGGGCGCCACGAUCGAGCCUACUGCGAACCACCAAGUGGCAAAGUUCGAGAUCUUCCUCGAUUAUAUCCUGAUGCAGACAAAAGGCACGCUGGUAAAUGCCCAGUAUGCCUUGGCAUUACUCCUAGCAGCUCUGAAUUUUCUGAAUUUGGAGAGUAAUUGA